AAUCUCUGCGAGAGAUAUAACGGAUAUUUCUAAGGCUUCCGGGACUGAUAGAAGAGAUGAGGUUGCAUGGUCGAGAGUUCGCGAUAGUGGGGUUGGUGUGAAUAAGACGCGAGUGACUCUGAACUCAACUUUACAUAGGGAUCAUCAGCAAAACGACAGCUCUUUCAACAAAGAAGCAGAGAUUCGAAGAGGGACCCAACGGCCCAUGCCACCAGCGCAUACGCACGACAAAGAUUCAGGUGGAUCCUCAUCGAGCACUUUCGGAAUCCUCGUGGGGGCGGUCCUGGUGACGGGGGCGGCAUUGGCGCUGGUGACGUGCCUGCUGAGCCAUCAGCACCAGUGGGGGCGGGGCGGCCCCGCCAGGGGGGCAGGCACGCCAGCCACCCGCCCGGAUACCGCCGCCACUCUCCCGCCUCCUUCCACAACCACACCCAUGCUGUCGGUUGUGAGCGCCGGCGCCGCGGCAGGCAUGGGCGGCAUGGAGCGACUGCGCAGUGGCGGCGGCAGCGGCGGCAGGUCGGCACGCGAACUAGCGGCGGCGCGCGACCGCCAGGUGCGCCUGCACUCGGUGCGCACCGACCUGGCCGUCGAUCUGCCGCCCCGCAUCUCGCUGCCCGACGGCGAGGACCGCCUCCACCACCACCAUCAGCACCACCACCACCAGCACGAGCAGAGGCAGGAACGGCACUAUUCCGCCUCCCAAGCUAGGCUGCAUCUCAGGGAUCACGAACAGGAAUCCGAAAUCUACCAAAAGUGCAUCCGACCGCCCCCCAAUCGCACAGUAUUGGAGAGCGAAUCGCCGCCCCCGUACCGGUCCAGCUCGGCGGGCGUGCUUCCCUCCUCCUCCUCAUCCUCCUCAUCCUCCUCCUCCUCCUGCAGCGACUGGUCGUCCGGCUCCGGCCCCCUGGUGGUCCGCUGCCACUCCAUGUCGUCCACCUCCAAGCCGACCGCCACCGGUCACCAGGCCCAAAAGACUGAUUUUCUACAAAGGACUGUUAAGAUAUUCACGGGCGGCAAGAGAGGGCCCGCCCAGCCUGCCCAGCCCGCCCAGACUGCCCCGCCCGGGCGGUCGAGACAGCCGCCCGCUGUCUGACCACACGUCCCCGCCUAGGUCACCUUCGUUUCAAUUCGCUCGGGAAUGCGCGACGCCGGUUGUUUCCGCAACGCCGCCAUCUUAGGCUGCUGCAGUGUCCUCAAUGAACUCAAUAUAAACAACUGGAAGGGACCCUCUGUGAACGACGAG